AUGCAAUACGAACAAGGUAGCGAAAAAGUUGUCCCUAUGGCUAGUCCUUACAAAUCUGUUUCGCAACCGUUGUCAUUGGCUGAAGAUUUUGAAAUACGACGAACUCGCAAAAUUCUUCUAAUUAUGCUUGGUGUUUGUCUCGGUCUCGCUGUAAUUGGUGCAGCUGGCGCAAUUGGUGCGAUUGCCGGCCAUUACAUAACGAAUAGUACCGAAUACACAACAUAUCGUGCAUCGAUUGUUCAAUCUUUUAGUUCAAUUGUUUUUUUCGGCUUUGGAUAUUUAGUCACUCAUCGAUACUCUCGAAUAGGUUUACAAGUGUUUGCUUGGAUAAGUAUCAUUGAAUUGGUUAUUGGUGGCAUUGCUUUAGUGCUUCUGGUUGUUUUCAGUUUGGUAUUUUUAACUAUUACAAACUCAACUCAUAAUUAUAACAGCUGGGAUAUUAUGGUUCCCCUAUCAAUAUUUGUCUACAUUAUGAUUGUUUUUGUUAUCGCAGCUUGUAUUCUUCGAAUUGUGAUUGUAAAGUUUGCGUUCAAAUUGGCAAGACUUAUUGAAACAAGAAAAUCUUCAUUUUGUCAACACAUCUAA